UAUUAUCCCAACAUUAUAAUGCAAUCACUUUUUGUUAAAUGUCAAAAGUGUCAACAAAGACCUGCAACUAUCAAAUGUUCAUAAUGCAGAUACGCAUAAAUAUAUAGACUAUGCUAUUCUUGUGAUUCAUAAAUACAUAAUAGAACUGGGCCAAUAGAUCAACAACACAAAACUGAAAUCAUUCCAUACUAAGGUAUCUGUUAAUUCCUCUGUUAGAAAUGUACUAAAAUAAUCAAAGUUUAAUUCCUGCUCCAUCUCAAUCUGAAUAAAGAAACUCUCAAAAAAAAAAUGAUUUCAAAGCUCAACCUCCAACUAAAGAUUACUUGACUCAUGAUACUAAAAAAUAAGACUACUCAAAAACAAUUGAUGUUACCAGAAAACCUGAGUAUGUUGAAAAAAAAUAUGAUUAUUUGGAUAGGAAAAUUGAUAGCCAUGAUAAAAGAUAUGAUUAACAAUACUAAGGUUUUGAUAAAAAACAAUACUCCUCCAAUUAGAAGCCUCAGGAAUUUGAAAAAUCUUAUUCAGCACUCAUUAAUUAAUUAAAGGAAGAGUAAUAAUAAACAGAGAGAUUAAGAGCAGAAUUGAAUUUGGUUAAAGAUAGAGAAAAAGAUUUUUCAAAAAGAUUGUAUCUCAAAAAUUAUAUGUAAUUAGAUAAAAAUUGGAGUAAGAUUAUGAGCAAAAACAUAAAGAUGAUAGAUAAAAGAUUCAAUAAGUUUAGGAUGAUAAUAAAAAUUUAAAUCACAAGCUCAACUAAACAAAUAAGUAGCUCAAUGAAGAAAUUAGUAAAGUUAGACAGUAUGAAUAGUAAAUAAGAGAUCUUGAAUAAGUUCUCAAUGAGAAAUAGUAGGAAUAAAAUGAUGUAACAUUUAUAAUUUAUUAAAAUAAGUAAGAUAUCUAAGAACUUUAUGAAGAAUCAAACAUGAAAGAUCAAAUUAUUGAAUAAUUAUAAUAGUAACUUUAGGAUAAGUAAUUAUAAAUUCAAGAAAUGGCAGAAGAAUAAUAAAAUAAUUUUAGAAACACUCGAAAUCAGAUAUCAUCAAACAAAAAACUAUCUAAAAGUUAGGAUAAUGAAAAAGAUUAAGUUAUUUAAGAAUUAAGUUAGUAAUUGGAAGAAAAAAAUGAGGAAAACCAUAAAUUAGAAGGUUUUUAAACAAUUUAAUAUUACUUUAGAUUUGAUUGAGAAUUUUAAAUAAUUAUAUCAACAUAUGAAUGAGGAAAAAUAAUAAUUGCAAGAGGAAGUUGAAAAAUUAGCCAACGAAAAUAAUUAAUUUAGAGAAAUUUUUAGUGUAAAUAAUAUUUAAAAUUAAGUAAAAUUUGCAUCUAUUCGGGAUUGACCCAGAAUAAUUAAAUGAAGAAGGUGAAGAUGGAGAAGGAGAAUAUCCUGAAGAGAUUGCAGAAGAAAAUGAUGAUUAAAAUGAUUGA